GCAGAUCCCAAGCCCGGCGCCCCAUCUUUCAGAAUAGCCGGCACAGGAACCGUCACCGAUUGCAACGAGUCCUUCCAAAUCAUGAAGAAGCUCAAACUAGUCGGUCACCCAUUCAAAAUUUUCUCGAAAACUGCAUUUAUUCGUGGAAUGUUCAACAGUGAGCUGGAAGUUAGCAAAAUGAUUGGCUCCAAGGUGCAGACCGUCUCGAAAAUCCGAGGCCUUGUGAAGAGUGCUCUUACAAACAGCGCCAGUUUUAAGCCUGGCGACUUUCGCGCCACCUUUGAAGCCCCUAUCCGCAUGGCUGAUAUUGUCUUUCUGCGCAGUUUUGUGCCGGUGGAGAUUCCCUCCUUCUACAACCCCGUUCUCAACUUCCUCAUGCCUCGUGCAGGCACUGCCGCGAGCGAUGACGCUGGUCAGAAACAAUGGCGUAUGUUGCGUACCCAUGGCGAACUGCGCUACGCAUCCGGAGUAAAACCUGAGAUUCGCGAGGACUCGCAAUACAAGCCCAUCCCUCGACAACCGUUUGUGGCUGCUCCGCUCACUGUGCCCACUAAGCUGGUAGCAGCCCUGCCCUUCGCCGACAAGCCCAAACCUACGAAACGACAACUCCGUACCAUGCGAUUCAGCCACGACGAAGUACGCAAAGCGCGUCUUGCAGGGGUACCCAAGUCAGUCGAUCUGGAGACCGUGCAUGGUGAUGUCGAGGUGCCCGACCCAGUGGGCGAGGCGAAACGACGCGCUGAGUUGCUGCAACGCCUGCGUGCCCUGCAUUCUGCCUUUAUUGAGCGCAAG